AUGCCUCCCAUCCACGAUACUCCAAUACUCGGAAUGACCACUCGCCCGCCUGUCACCGCCCCAGUCGAAUACGGGAACAGCGCCUCGUUCUGGGUGGAGUAUCCCUCUGGGCUCAUCGAUGUGACCCUUUCCCACCACCUCUUACCCGGUGACCACUGGCAGGCCAAUGGUGGUACUGUCACCAACGGUUCUGAGAAGACGAACGGAGUCCACGCUGAUCCUGCGUUGGGCGAGAAUCAAGUCGAUAUCCCUGUAGAUGGAGGAAGAACGGUUAGAAUCGAUACCUCAGCAACGGCGAUCGUGGUCAUUGACAUGCAGAACUUCUUCUUACAUCCAGACCUUCGUGAUCAUCCAACUGGAUUGAAAUGCGUAGACCCCCUCCUGAAUAUUGUGCCACCAUCGAGGAAGAAGGGCAUCAAGGUACUCUGGGUCAACUGGGGCCUCACUGAGCAUGAACUCAAGACAAUCCCUCCCUCUCUCGUCCGUGGCUUCAUGAAAAGUGGGCGUGGUGGAUUCGGGGGCCAACUCCCAGGGAAAUUCGGCCGUCUCCUCAUGCGUGGCGAAUACAACUCCGAGCUAUACGGCCCACUGCAAGAGGAGUACAUUAAGGGCGAGAAGGCAGGCACGGAUGUCUGGAUCCAUAAGAAUAGAAUGAGCGGGCUUUGGGGGUAUCAGACAGCUCUGGAUUUGUGGCUGGAGGAAAAUGGGAUUAAGACGCUGUUCUUUGCGGGGGUUAAUGCUGAUCAGUGCGUACUCGGCACGCUCGUGGACGCGUAUUUCCGAGGGUAUAAUUGCAUAACACUCGAGGAUGCAAUUGCCACGACGUCCCCUGAGGGCGGUUUAGAGAAUGUGCUGUAUAACGCUGGGAAUGGCUACGGAUUUGUUACCGACACUUCCAGAGUGAUCUCUGCAUUGAGCUGA